AUGGGCCCGGGGGGAGCCAGACGCCGCGGGGCCGAGGCCGCCUCGCCCGCGCCGGCCCCGUUCGUGCGCGUAGCCCCCGCGCUCUUCCUCGGGAGCGCGCGCGCCGCGGGCGCGACGGAGCUGCUGGCGCGCGCGGGCGUCACCCUGUGCGUCAACGUCUCCCGCCAGCAGCCCGGCCCGCGCGCGCCCGGCGUGGCCGAGCUGCGCGUGCCCGUGUUCGACGACCCGGCCGAGGACCUGCUGGCGCACCUGGAGCCCACCUGCGCCGCCAUGGAGGCCGCGGUGCGCGCCGGCGGCGCCUGCCUCGUCUUCUGCAAGAACGGCCGCAGCCGCUCGGCCGCCGUCUGCACCGCCUACCUCAUGCGGCACCGCGGCCUCAGCCUGGCGCGCGCCUUCGAGAUGGUGAAGAGGGCUCGCUCUGUAGCUCAGCCCAAUGAGGGUUUCUGGUCUCAGCUCCAGAAGUACGAGGAGGCCCUCCAGGCUCAGUCCUGCCUGCCCAGGGAGCCCUCGGGGACAGCUCUUCCCAGCAGCAGCAGAGCCACCCAGCCUUAGGGGUGGUCCCUGAAUCCUCAAGCAGGGCAAGUCUCAGGCCUGCAGCCCCGGGAGGGGAGGGGUGGCAAGGGGUGCUUGGGCCCUGAUAGGAGGUUGCGGGCCUCCCGUCUUUCCUGUCACACUGAGUUUGCGUUUCCCCCCAUUUAGCCUCGUCUCCCUGAAACGCAGCCCAAGAGGGCCUCUGUCCCCCUUGGUGGUGCAGGGGUGUGCAGACGGAGGAGGGGACUGGGAGGGCCCAAGCCCCGGAGACAUACCGCCCCUCCCUCCCUGCCUUCCUCCACCUCGCUUUAUUAGACAGGCUUUGGUCAGGAACAUCUAAACCACUUGAGGAAUUUUAGGCAACUGGAUGCAGGGAGACGGAGGCAGGUGAUUCAAGGACAGGAGGUCGGGGGUCCCAGGGGCCCACCAGCUGGACCUGAGCAGCUGCCUGUGCUCUGACCUCCCAGCUCUCGAGGACACCUGGAGCUGCCCGCACUACCUCCUGCCAAGCCACAGUACAUCUCCUUCCUCCCGCCUCCCAGUUCUCUCGCUGGUCCCAUCUCAGAACUGAACACAGGGUCCCGGUGGCCGCAGGGCGUGGGCCUGGGGGCUGAGACUGGCCGCUGCUGUGAGAAGCAGGGGAGCUGGAGGCUGUGCCAACAGACUGCCCGGCUCAGGCACCCUCGGGGCCUCAGCCUCUGCACCCACCUCCCACCUUGACCUCUCUGCUUCAGUGACUUUCCCGAAGCCACCGUCAAGCCAACGAUGGACACGCCCUCCCCCAGCGUGGAGGACCCCACAGGCCGUCAUGAGGUGCAUCUCAGCAUCCUGAUUCCUCUUCUAGGUCAGACAGAGCCUUUGGACAUCCUCCGGCCUCAAGACUAUCCUUGAAAAUUAAUCGCCAUCAACACUCCUUAAAUAGACAUGAGGAAAGAGAAAAGGACAAUGGGUGAUGUGUGUGAAUCACAG